GGAAGAACAAGGACCUGCAUUUCAUCUGAGUUGUUGUUUUCGUGACUUGCGAUUGUGUCUACAUCAGAUAAUAUUAAGUUGCACUUUAUUGUCUGAAAUCAACAAAAUGUGGUAGUGGGCGGCGGAGCCAAAUGUCAGCUACGGCUAGUGGGAGUUCGUCGGUAGUAGCUUGACAGAGAGAGUCAACAUGGUGUUCUCAAGUGUGUUGAGGACGCUCGGUGCCGCGUGCGUAGCGCUGAGCUUUGCUCCGAGCGCGCGCAGUGCCAAUGCAGGACGCGCAGUGGCCGCCCAGCAGCUUCGUGCGGCGAAAGCGAAGCGACGCACCAACACGAUAUCGACGUCAUUGACUUCCAGCACAACGCGUCGAAACAAGAACCAUGUUCGCGCAAGCUCGAACGAGGCCUACAACACGGUUGAUGGUGUGGGCAGUGACAACACGAGCGACGCUUCUGUGGACGCAGAAGGGUUCUCGACUCUCACCGCAACCUACCCGUUUUAUCAUACGACAAAUCAGAUCCACUCCGAACUCCUACGAUUGCAAGCUGGAUGCAACGGCUGGCUCUCUGUCGAUACACAGGGCAGCGAAGCUGGACCGUCCGUCGAUGUCGUGUCCGUCCGAAAACCGGUGCUAACUACAAAUUGAAUUUUCUCUCAACAUCGCGAAAAGUUGUUAACUUGCCAAUUCAAAGAUACCUACUUUGGAUCAGAACUUAUCCUUGUCGAUUUCAUUUUUUCAGCAAUCUGCUGGACAGCUUCACACAAAAAUACAGAAUGUGACGCCAACUAGUCGUUUUUUCCUCCUAUUCGGGGAGCAUGCGCGGGAGCUGAUCUCGGCAGAAUCGGGUUUUCACUUCUUGAAAACUUUGUGUGGUGAAACGAAUCUCGGUGCUUCGUCGGGAAUGAGCAGUAGCGUCUCAUUGUUGCAGAAGUUUCAUAGUCGUUUUGGCGCCGCAGAUGCCUCUGCUGCGGCCAUCAGCUCUCUUCUGGAUACCACCGAGUUUAGACUGGUGGUUAACGGAAAUCCCGAUAGUCGCAAGAGGGUAGAACGAGGAGAAUUUUGUUUGCGUGUGAAUGGCCAAAGUGUAGAUUUGAACCGGAAUUGGGACUUAAAGUGGGAGCCGAGCUCGGCGUCCCUAUCAGCAGACACAAACCCUGGCCCACAUCCUUUCUCGGAAACUGAAACCAAGAUUUUCCGCGACGCAGUGAAAGAGUUUCAACCGACGGGUACUAUGCAUGCAAAUGUGAAGUCUUAUUCAUGAACAUGAAGAUCUAGUAGAUCUACAUCGAAAUACAUAGAGCUAGCAUGUCUAGAAGAAGUUUUGGACUUGAAGACGAAGGUGCAUUGUCACUCAACAUAGGGAAAAGUUCCCUUAGACUCUCUUCAAUUGGCCACGCUCGCGUCUUCCGAUAGAUUUCAUUAAAACACAUAUCAAUUCAUCAACUUCUGCCAGCUUUUCUGACGAUCCACUCCGGCACACGCGGAAUGUAUAUGCCGUGGGCCUACAAUAUGGUUGACGAAGCAACGCGAAAUGGUCCGACAAUGCUUCGUAUGAUCAAGGAGUUGGAUCAGAACUAUUGCAAGUGUCCCUUCGGCGCGGCCGGCAAGGAAGUGGGAUACAGCUGCCCUGGCACUUGCCUGGACUACGUGUACGAUAAGCUUGGAGUCGACUACAGCUUUGCGUACUUAUCACCUCAGCUGCUAUCUGAUUAACUAUGUCUAGUUUUUGUUGGUAAAAGCAAGUAUCAUUAUCAUGCUGCUUAGAAGUGUUGUGAUAGCAUUAUGAUAGCCAGUGACAGCACUAACAAAUUACUUUGUGGUCCAGUCACGGAUUCCAUUUCUAUCUCCUUAGAUGUAUCACGUCUCUUUUCCUCCCUCCUGUCAUUCAGAUUCGAGAUUUACAGCAACCCUGCGGAUGACGCGGCUCUAAAAUCACGAUAUGACGAGCUUGCAAGCUCGAGUACUUCGUUCAUCCAAGUGAAUAGAGACGAUGCUAGCAAUGCCUUGGGGGCCGACGCGGGAUGCUUCAUGCAGUUCAACCCACAAACGCAGGACAAUUUCGCCCAGACAGUGGAGAAUUGGACUCGAGUGUACUUGAGACUAGCACAAUUGGUCGAAGAGGACGUUACGAAGAAACACAGUGCUACUGGCGAAGCUUCGCAUGAUAUGGCUGAUUUGAAUAUCCCCUGCUAUAUUUAUCUUUUGUUCUUGUUAGAACCUUUUCUUCCACCUAAUCUUGUUCCUUUUCUUUCUCUAGCAUUAUCUAUGCCUGUGAGAAGAGCGGAAAGAACUACGGGUGUCCUUACGAAUGUCGUGAAGACCUUGAGUGAACUGAAAUGGCAAGACACUCUAAGCAUAAAACCGGGGGAACACCGUCGCUGGUCGAGUCGGAACGGAAUUCGAUUGUGGGGGAUGAAGACUUCCAGGCGCUGGUGGAGUCGCUCCGCAACAAAGAUACAGCGCCAAUGUGGCGACCGUAAUAUUUUUAUGGAAAAAAUAUAGAACUUCAACUUACUUGUAAUGUCUGUUGCAAACAUGUUGUUUCCAUGCAUGAUCCAUGAUAAGUAGUGGUCAACAGAGUCAUUUUCGAAAAACGGAUGAACGUUUUUCAUUUGUUUGCACACUUGCACAGUUCAGGCAGGUCUAGGUUGAUACGAGGAUAUCUUGUGUUGUAGCCAUAUUGCACAGAACUCCCAUAUACAAUGGGCGUUGUUGUACUAUUUUUUCUUAGAAAACAGAUAUCUUGAUGUGAGAUUUUUAGAAGUUGAAGACGAGGCUCCUGAU